AUGGCAUCACCCUUCCCUGAUCAAGAAAAGGGCCACGAUGUGGGAGUCAAUACCAGCGACAGGGACUCCGAUGAAGAGUUUGUCAAGGAUGGUGAUAUUGCUUAUAAGGUGGCAGAAGGUGCCAACACUUCCAUCGCAACUUAUCAAGAUGCGAGGGGUGCGCCGGUGGAAAGGCAAUCUCCGUUGGGAUAUUCAGUCGACUCAUGGGUGAGCUUGUGCUUGAACGUCAACCAGAUGAUUGGGACUGGUAUCUUUUCGACGCCGGCCACAAUACUGAAGGGUGUCGGUUCCGUGGGUUUGACUAUGAUAUACUGGUUCAUAGGAUACUUGCUAUCCCAGAGCACCCUCUCUGUGUAUCUUGAGCUGUCGUCCUACUUUCCCAGUCGUUCUGGAUCCGAUGUCGUAUACCUCGAACAAGCAUAUCCGAAACCAUUGUACUUCUUCCCGACGGUGUUCGCCAUCAAGCACGUUAUCUUCUCAUUCACAAGCAGCAACGCGAUUGUUUUCUCCCAGUACAUGUUCAAACUCGCAGGGCAUGUGUACACAGCGUGGCAGUUGAAAGCAGUGGCAAUAGCCGUAUAUACUGUGGCAACAGUAGUUGUUAUUCUGAGUACCAAAUGGUCUUUACGGGUCGUUCUCGGCUUUGGUUUCAUCAAGCUCGCUACCUUAUUACUGAUAUCGAUUGCGGGUUUAGUGGUUCUUGGAGGGCAUACACGCGUAGCAGAUCCUAAUGUCAAUUGGAGAGAUGCUUGGAGAGGGACGUCCGAUGCCACCGCAUACGGUGCCACCAAUGCUAUGGUCAAGCUCAUUUUCUCCUAUGCGGGCUAUACCAACGCCUUUGGUCUUGUGAACGAGAUGAAGAAUCCAACCAAAACGCUUCGUUGGAGCGCUCCGGCCUCGUUGAUUGUUGUUACUGUCCUCUACAUUCUAGUCAACGUCGCUUACUUCUCCGUUGCCUCGCGAGAGGACAUCUUGGCGUCUAAGCAGAUUGCUGCGGCAGUGUUCUUUCAAAAAUUGUUUGGCACUAGCGGAGCUGCACGAGCUCUGAAUGUGCUUAUCUGUUUGAGUGCCUUUGGAAAUAUGGUUGCUGUCUUGGUCAAUGGGUCGAGAAUCCUUCGUGAGACUGGAAGACAAGGUGUUCUCCCUUACCCAAAAUUCUGGACUUAUACGAAGCCUUUCGGAACGCCCUUGGGACCGUAUGUCUUUCAAUGGACGACUACUAUCAUCAUGAUUCUUGCACCCCCUGCCGGCGAUGCUUUCAAUUUCGUUGUGGAUCUGGCUGUUUACCCUUCAAACGUAUUCAAUCUACUCUUGGUUGUUGGCUUGGUCUUGAUUCGCCGACGCAGGAAGCGAGCCGGUCUUCCGCAACCUCAGUAUCGCGCAUGGGACAUCGCUAUUGCCUUUGCAACUCUUACAAAUACAUACAUGCUCAUAGCUCCGUGGUAUCCACCACUCACAGGCGCUACUGGCGGCGAUGUCAGCUUCUGGUACGGAACGUAUUUGGUAGUGGGCAUUGGACUGCUCGUUUUUUGCGGCGUGUACUAUUACGUGUGGAUCAAACUUCUACCAAGACUUAAGGGCUAUGAACUCCGACAGACAGUGAUAGAAUAUGAGAACAACUCGGUUGUCCAUCAUUUAGUGAAAGUAAACAAGGCCGAUGUGGCUCGCUGGGAUGAAGAGCAUGAUGCCGAAGGUAAGCUGCGACGGCGGCAUGUUCAUGACUCGGCGGAUUCCCAGUAGGUGGGUGGGAUGAGAUGCCUCAAUUAAUAUACUUGGACUCCGAUUUACUCUAAAAUGAAUAUGAUGACAACCUGUAUAUAAUGACGAUGUUUCUUUAUCAUUCCCGGAUGGCUGAUGGACCGCCACCACGCCCCAGAAUACAAGUUCCAUCUACACUCACUACUAUGCAGAAGUUAAAGAUUUGGGUCAUAUUC